UCCUGCUGCCUUCACAAUGGCGGCUCGCGGCGUGGGGCUUUUGACCCGUUUGCCCCUACAUUCCCAGAGAAGGAGCCGCGUCCAGCGUUCUAUUCCCAGGCAUUUCAGUUGUCCAGGGACUGUAGCCGCGAACUUCGGGAGCGAAGAGCAGCCUUUAGACGGCUCUGAAGACAAGAUCCCCAAAAAGAGAUUCUCUGAGGUGCAGAAGGAGAGAAGAGAACAGGCUCAGCGGACUGUUUUGAUACAUUGCCCAAAUAAUAUCAAUGAGAAAAAGUUUCUCAAGUAUUUAUCCCAGCAUGGACCAAUUAAUAAACAUUUCUUCUAUGAGAGCUUUGGCUUUUAUGCUGUUGUAGAAUUUUGUCAAAAAGACAGUGUAAACUCUUUGCAGAGUGAAGCACAUACUCCAAACAUGAGCACAGAGUCUGCAAUUCCAUUUAAGUCACGUUUUUUGAACUUAAAGCUGAAAAAUCUAUCUAAUAAGAUACCUGAGCAGUUAUGUGCACAGACAAGCAAUCAGUCGCCUCCUUCAAGCAAGAAACUCUUUGAAUUGCUGAAUUAUGCAGAAAGCAUAGACGAUCAGCUGCACACUCUCCUGAAGACCUUCCAGCUCACAGAGGAAAAUGUCCGGCUCCGCCAUCUCACCUGCUCUCUCAUUGAGGACAUAGCUGCUGCAUAUUUUCCUGGCUGUGUCAUUCGGCCCUUUGGCUCCUCAGUGAACACAUUUGGCAAAUUAGGAUGUGAUUUGGACAUGUUUUUAGAUUUAGAUGAAAUUAGAAAACCCAAUGUUCAUAAGAAUGCAGGGAAUUUUUUGAUGGAAUUUCAAGUGAAAAAUGUUCCUUCAGAAAGGAUUGCAACCCAGAAGAUCCUGUCUGUAAUAGGAGAGUGCCUUGACAACUUUGGCCCUGGCUGUGUGGGUGUUCAGAAAAUACUAAAUGCUCGAUGUCCUCUCGUGAGAUUCUCCCAUCAGGCCUCUGGAUUUCAGUGUGAUUUGACUACUAACAAUAGUAUUGCUUUGAAAAGUUCUGAACUCCUUUAUAUAUAUGGCUCCCUGGAUUCAAGAGUCAGAGCCUUGGUGUUCAGUGUGCGAUGCUGGGCUCGAGCACAUUCGUUAACAAGCAGUAUUCCUGGUGCGUGGAUUACAAACUUCUCCCUAACAGUGAUGGUCAUCUUUUUCCUUCAGAGAAGAUCGCCCCCCAUUCUUCCAACUCUGGAUUCCCUAAAAUCCCUAGCAGAUGCUGAAGAUAGAUGUAUCCUAGACGGGAAUAAUUGUACAUUUAUCCGGGACUUGUGUAAAAUUAAACCUUCAGGAAACACAGAAACAUUAGAAUUACUACUGAAGGAAUUUUUUGAGUAUUUUGGCAAUUUUGCUUUCAAUAAAAAUUCCAUAAAUAUUCGACAGGGAAGGGAGCAGAACAAGCCCGACUCCUCUCCUCUGCACAUCCAGAACCCUUUUGAGACGUCUCUCAACAUAAGCAAGAAUGUGAGUCAGAGCCAGCUGCAGAAAUUUGUGGAUUUGGCCAGAGACAGUGCCUGGAUCUUAGAACAGGAAGAUAAGGGUCAGCCUUCCCCUUCAAGUAAGCAGCCCUGGGGGCUGGCCGCCCUCCUGUUGCCUCCUGGGACAGCCUACCCAUCUCUCUCCAAGAAGAAGAAAAAGCUAAUGAGUGAAAAAGUCAAAGGCUUGUUAGCAUCCAUAAAAAGUAGCAGUACAGACAUUUCCAAAGGCACCCAUGGAAAGAGAGCAAUCAGUACACAGGCAUGAUGGCAACUGCUUUGGAUCCCGGGAAGAACUGCCAUGGAACUUUGACAGGCCUUAAUUUUUAUCUGAUCCCAUUUGUCACCAUCUCAUUAUGCUUUUACUUCACCUGAAGUUCUGAAUAUUUCUUUCCAAUCAGGUGAAAUUUUAUUAAAAUAUCAGUGGCAAAGAAUACGUAAGAUACAUAUUUGAACUCGGCAAAGUAUAUGGUAAAAUCAGUUUUAUCAGCAAAUUAGUUGAUAUUUCUGUCAGUUUUUAGAUGGAAAUAAUUUCAAAACAUUUCUAAUUAUCCCCAUGUACAGGUGAUGAAUGCAAUAAAAUUCCAAAAUUUGGUAAUACUCUUUAAUAUCUAUAUUGUGUUUUCAGCCAGAGUUCUCUUAUUAGGUGUUUUCUUUUUUGAUUGCUAUACAAAGUAAUGGGUUUCACAAUGGGCUCCUGUAUAGACUCUGUCUUUGUGAACCUUCCCCACCCUUCCAGCAGCCUGUCUGGUUUCCAUCUCCCACCUGCCCUCCCCUCCCCGUACGGCCUACCCCCCAUGGUCCUUCCAUGCUGUGUACAUACAUGCAGAGAGAGGUAAAGUCAGCUGUGACUUUCUGGGUCAUUGACAGCUUAGCAGCUCCCGACACAGUCACAACAUCCGCGUUCUAAGUCAGAUAUGUAAAUUAUGGAUAAAUUGUGCUUUAAACUAUAUUUUAUUUAGAAAUCUAAUUUUAUUUUUGUUUUCAAAAAUAAAACCAUUUCUACUGAAAUGUGAAUAGUAUUUCUAAUAUUUCUUCACUUCUCUUUUUGAGAUCUCUCUGUAAGAAAUAAAUACAUUUACAGAGACAUAUUUUAUAUUGUAUUCUGUGUAGUAGCUUUUCUAGAGAUAUCAAUGGUCUAGAGUUAAAACUUGGCUUCAUGGCAGGUCGCUGUCCUUGGCUGAGGUUGUUACAGCCUCAGAAUGGGAGUAAUAGUGCCCACUGCUCUAGGAUGUGUAGCUGAGGUACAGUAAAGGUGUUGGUCAACGCCUGACACAGUCAGUGCUACAGGCUGAACCCGCCAGCAUCCCAAACGCAGCAGACACAGUCAUCCUCUACGUGUGUGCCUAAUGACGAAAUUGGGCAGGACCAGGUCCACGCACUGCAUUCGCUCCUCCAUGCUCUGUGCACGUGUAGCCUGCUGUUACUUGUUACUGACGUUAUCUGUGAAAGUGGCUCACGAUUUUCCACUUCAGGGACUUUCUGGUUGUUUGAGAUGAGGGAUGCUCACCCUGUACUUACCGCUGCUGCUGCUGCUCUCUUGACUUUGGGGGCAUUGUCGUAGGCAAACACUCCACCUCAGAGUUUAUAGUCUACAGUUAUUCUUCCUGCUACUCAAAAUUCAUAUUUGGAGCCUGUAGUGGUUUUAAAGUUUUAGAACAGAAUUCUAAUGAACUUGGGAUAAUGAGGAAAUCGGCAACUGUGGAUUUCUGAAGCGAAUCUGCUCACGGUGUGCUCUCACCACUCAGAGCCAAUGCCAAGCCAGCAGCAGCUUCCUUCUACCGGCGGUACCCAGCAAAGGCUGCUUUCCUUUGUUCUUGGAGCUCCUUGUGUGAGGUAGAGCUUGAACGUUUCCGGCUGCAGUGACUUUCUUUCUCCAGCCGCAUAUUUUCUUUUGUGUAGAUUUUAUUUUAUGUUAUUUAAGCACCUAAGGUGUAUGUAUGUCAGUAUUCUUUUUUAAAAUUUUUAACCUAUUCUCUUUUACCGUGAUACUGAUAGUCUGUCUUUUCACAUCAAGAUGUAAUUAUGUGAUGAAUUUUAAUGUAAAUUCUGUUUUGAGACAGGGUUCAUGCAGCUCUGAGUGACUGUGAGCUCACUAUGUAGCGGAAAAUGACUUUGGACUCGAGCCUGUCUCCCAAGUGCUAGAAUUACAGGUGUGAGUCCUACACCUGGCUAAAACUUUUAGUAUACAAUUUUAAAAUAAAGGUUUUAUAAACAUU